GAUGCCAAUCUAUAAUGAAGUUUGGGAAGAAGAAGGUACACUUAACUCUUAAAUAUUAGAUUUUAUGUUUAGAAACAUGAUUAAUUUAUAAACAUUAACAAAAAAUCAUGUGAAGUUGUUAGAUAAUCUCAAAUUUGAGUUUGUCGAAUAUAAAGUAAUCAUAUAUUAAAUGAUAGGCCAAUCAAUUAUUAGCUUGUCAUCUUUAUGAUAGAAUGGCUUAACAUUGCAAGAAUCAAUUUGGUCUAUUUGAGGACUCAUAUGUACCAGAAUGUUUAGAUGCUAGAAAUUAUUUCUAAUUAUGUGUAAGAAUGAAUGCCUCUUAUGGCUUAGCCAAAAAGUAUUUCCCAGAGUAAUCACAUUAGAUUAUUUUAGAUAUUUCUUAACAAAUGAAUACUCAAGACCAAAUCCAAAUUUUAAAGAAUUAGGACUUUGAUC